AAAAAAAAUCAUGUGACUGAAUCAGCAACAAAAAGCGCUUAGUUACUUUCCGAGUGGGCACGAGUUGUUCAGGAUGGUCAUACCUGGAGGUCUCGGGGUGUUCCGCGUUUUGGGCCUGUUUGCCGUGUUUGACGCGGUGUGUCUGCUGGACGCUGGUAUGCUCUUCCCCCGGGAGUCUUCCUCCAGAGAGGUGAAGGAGCUGAACGGACUGUGGGGCUUCAGGGCUGACAAGUCCCCAAACCGGAACCAGGGCUUCGAGAGGGCAUGGUACAAUAGUCGCCUGGCAGAGACUGGCCCAGUGAUUGACAUGCCAGUUCCUGCCAGCUACAAUGACAUCACCCAGGACCCCACACUGAGAGAUUUCAUUGGCUGGGUGUGGUAUGAGCGAGAGGUGGUGGUGCCUGCCCGCUGGGUCGCUGAUAAAGGAACAAGAGUGGUUCUGAGAGUGGGAAGUGCUCACUAUCAUUCAGUAGUGUGGGUGAACGGGGUGAAAGUGACAGAGCAUGAAGGUGGCCAUCUUCCUUUUGAGGCUGAGAUAGGCAGUUUAAUCCGCAAGGACCCAACUAUACCGUGCAGGAUCACCAUCGCUGUCAACAACACUCUGACUCUGGAGACUCUUCCUCCAGGAAUCAUCCAGCACAUGGACGACCACACCAAGUACCCUGAUGGUUUUUUUGUGCAAAACAUCUACUUCGAUUUCUUCAACUAUGCUGGCAUACAUCGCCCUGUAUUGCUGUAUACUACUCCUAAGGCUUAUGUGGAUGACAUCACUGUGGUGACUGACUUCUUGGAUAGCACUGGUCUAGUCAAAUACAAGGUAUCAGUCCAAGGUGCUGCCACAGCCACCCUGAAGGUCACUUUGAUAGAUAAAGAUGGCCACUGUGUGGCCUCCUCUAGCGAGCCAUCUGGAGUGCUCAAAGUAAUAGAUGUCAAGCUGUGGUGGCCGUAUUUGAUGCAUGAGAAUCCAGGUUAUCUGUACUCUAUGGAGGUUCGCUUAAUGUCGGCUGAUGAGAGCUCAACAUAUGAGGAUGUGUAUACUCUACCAGUUGGCAUCCGCACUGUCGAGGUUACCAGCACCCAGUUCCUCAUCAACAACAAGCCCUUCUAUUUCCACGGAGUCAAUAAACAUGAGGAUGCUGAUAUUCGAGGUAAAGGCUUUGACUGGCCCUUGAUUAUCAAGGACUUUAACUUAUUGAAGUGGUUGGGGGCCAACUCGUUCCGCACCAGCCACUACCCCUAUGCUGAGGAGAUCCUGCAGAUGUGUGACCGCCAUGGCAUCGUGGUGAUAGAUGAGUGCCCGGGGGUGGGCAUCAAAGACAUUCGCAGUUUUGGAAACGCCUCCCUGACCCAUCACCUGGUUGUCAUGGAUGAGCUUGUACGUCGGGACAAGAACCACCCCUCUGUGGUCAUGUGGUCAGUAGCCAAUGAGCCGGCUGCAGAGAUGCCCCCUGCUGAAUUCUAUUUCAAGACAUUGAUAAAACAUACCAAAGCUCUGGAUCCUACCCGGCCCGUCACUUAUAUCACAGACAGUAACUAUGCCAGGGACAAAGGGGCUCCCUAUGUGGAUGUAAUCUGUGUAAACAGUUACUUCUCCUGGUACCAUGAUCCAGGCCACACGGAGGUCAUCCCCAUCCAGCUCAACACUCAGUUUGAGAACUGGUAUGGAAAGUACAAGAAACCCAUCAUCCAGAGCGAAUAUGGAGCAGAUGUGGUGCCAGGGCUUCACAGUGAUCCACCCAUGAUGUUUACUGAGGAGUACCAGAAGGUAGUCCUGCAGAGCUACCACAAUGUGUUCGACCAGAAGAGGAAGCAGUAUGUCAUUGGUGAACUCAUCUGGAACUUUGCUGACUUCAUGACUGCACAAGGGAUCACCCGUGUGGUGGGGAACAAGAAGGGCAUUUUCAGCAGGCAAAGGCAGCCUAAAUCAGCAGCAUUCAUCCUGAAGGAGAGGUACUGGAGACUGGCCAAUGAAACUGGCAGACUACCUCCUUGGACCAAGUAUCCCUGCUCAUUCUGACACCUGCCACAUGGGGCACCCAGUCCAGGACAGGUUCGAUCCUGUGUAAACACUGUUUUAUGGAAAAAUGCUGGUAAAAUUCUGUUUCUUGAGGCAGUUUUCUGAAGCACAUAUAGAACACUUCCUUUGAAACCUUUUCUGUGAGUGUAUAUAUAAGGUCAAAUUACUAUGAAACACAAUAGUAAUUAUUAGCUAUGCCAUUCCUGUGGUCUGCAGUGUGAACUAAAUCACAGACACUAUAAUCUGGGAUUUUCCAGCAAUCUGGAACAUUAUCAGAACAUAAAAGCAAUUUUCAAUGCUGAUUUUAAAAAUGAGCCUCUCGUGCCUCAACAAUGAUGCAAUUCACAUUUUAUAAUAAUAAUAAUUAUAACUGUUAUAUGGUGUCCUUUGGAUACACCUGAGUGAAGGUGUAAUAAUUUCUUUAGCUAUUACAGGAUAUUCUGAUACAGAUAUGUGAGGUGAUGCUUUCCAUUGCUGUCAUAAAAAGGUCAUAAAAAGGUGUGUUGAUAUAACAACUGCGUUGGAAGCAUCUGUCAUUUCUUUGCAUUGUGCAACCAAUCUGACUGUAUUUUAGUAUUUUUCAAGGAUAAAAAGUACUUGUUAAUGUGAAUUACAAUGCUGAAUUUAAUCUUAAGUGUUUUAUUUUUAUAUAUGAAAAUCAAGAGGGGAAAAAACACAUUUGCUAUGAAUCAAGGUAUUAAAGACAAAACAUGUACUCUA